AUGGUCUCUGAUCGGUUUCCUCGCUUUACAGCUGCGUUCUGGUCGCAGCUGUUCUCCCUCGAGACCACGCGUCUAUUGAUGCCUAGCCUACGGCUGCCUAUGGGUCUACCUGAUAUCUCUACACUUGGUAGGGGAGGAAAACCAGACGAACUGGCAUCGAGUGACAGUGCACCAUCGACGACGUCGCGACCUUGUGAACGUGGCGACACUGCAGGCAAAGUGGCGUCUGCUGAAGUUACAGCAGCGACCGCGUGGCAGGUGAUCAUGGCGACCCUACGGCUGUGUCUGUCACUGAUGGACUGA